CAACCAUUCGUGUGCUUCCUCCAUUAAUGGCCUCCUCCAUCCCCUCUCUCUCUGACCCUUAAACACACAGUAGCUGUGUGAGAGAGAAAAUCAAACACUUCAAUCUAAUAUUUACAAUACACCCAUCAAUUGUGAGCUUACAGGUAUGAUAACCAUGGACGACUUGUUUCUCUCUCUACUCUUUACUCUUUCUCUCUCUACAAUCAUCUUCUUCCUCCUUCGCACCACCACCGCCUCGCGACGGAAAGGCCGUAUGCCGCCGGGAAGCAUCGGUUUACCGCUGAUCGGUGAAACCUUCCAGCUCAUAUCCGCUUACAAGACGGAGAAUCCAGAACCCUUCAUCGACGCACGUGUGUCCAAAUACGGCACCGUUUUCACAACACAUGUGUUCGGAGAACGAACUAUUUUCUCGGCCGAUGCGGAGACGAACCGGUUCAUUUUGCAGAAUGAGGGACGGUUGUUCGAGUCGAGUUAUCCCGGUUCGAUAUCGAAUCUGGUUGGGAAACAUUCGUUGUUGCUUAUGAGAGGCAGUCUUCAUCGAAGAAUGCAUUCUUUGACUAUGAGUUUUGCGAAUUCCACCAUCAUCAAGGACCAUUUGUUGGUUGAUAUAGACCGGCUGGUACGGCUCAAUUUGGAUUCGUGGACCGGUCGGAUUCUACUGAUGGAAGAAGCCAAAAAGAUAACGUUUGAGUUAACGUUGAAGCAACUUUUGAGCAUUGAUCCUUGUGAGUGGACCGAGAAUUUAAGGAAAGAAUACAUGCUCGUUAUCGAAGGCUUCUUCUGCAUCCCUCUCCCUUUUUUCUCACUCACUUAUCGUCGUGCUAUUCAGGCGAGAAAAAGGGUGACGGAGGCGUUAAAUUUGGUGGUGAGAGAGCGGCGGAGAGAGAGGGAGAGAGGGGUGAAGAAGAAUGACAUGCUGGCAGCGUUGUUUGAUAGUGAUGGCGAUGACGUAAUCUUUUGUGAUGACGAGAUCGUGGAUUUCCUAGUGUCGUUGUUGGUUGCGGGUUACGACACCACUUCGACCACCAUGACUCUUGCCGUAAAGUUUCUCACGGAUACGCCAUUGGCCCUUGCUGAGCUCAAGGAAGAACAUGAUGCCAUUAGGGCAAAGAAAGGGACGUCCGUGGCUCUUGAAUGGGACGAUUACAAGUCUAUGCCAUUCACACAAUGUGUUGUGAACGAAACCUUGAGGCUCUCUAACAUUAUCAGUGGUGUAUUCAGGAGAGCGAUGACUGAUGUUACGAUUAAAGGUUAUACAAUUCCGAAAGGAUCAAAAGUCUUUACUUCGCUUCGAGCCGUUCAUCUUGGUCAAGAUAACUUCGAAGAUGCUCGUGUAUUUGACCCUUGGAGAUGGCAGAAAACAUCGGAUCCAACAAAUUUCAUGCCAUUUGGAGGAGGACCAAGGAGAUGCCCCGGUUACGAGCUAGCAAAAGUGGCACUUUCUGUUUUCCUUCACCAUCUCGUUACUCGUUUCAGUUGGAAGCCCGCAGAAAAAGAUAAAUUGGUGUUUUUUCCGACGACAAGGACACAAAAGCGGUAUCCUAUCAUCAUGGAACAUCGUAAUGUGGUAGGAUGAUGUAAAAAUUAGAAAAUAGAAAAAUAAUGGGUUAUAUUUUGAAAAAUUAAAAAAAAUGUUUCAUAUAAUUUUAGCUCAAGAAAAUUUGCAAGAUGAUAUCGAUAAUUUUUUAUGGU